ACAAUUAAUAAUUAAUAAUUUAUGUGAUAAAUGAAUUAAGACAAUGAAUUAGUGUGGCCAGAUUUAAAAUAGAUAAUGAAUAGAAUGAAUAAAGUAAUAAAUAAGCAUCUUUUAUACAUCAUAUUUUACUGCAGUAUUUUUUAUUAGGAUCUCUUAUUUACAAUAAUUGUAAUUAUUAGGUUGCUUAUUACCAAGAACUGAAUGAAGAGUCUUGUGGUGAGAAAUGAAAUCAAUACAAGUGAAUUUGAACUGAAAAAGUGACAAAAAUACAUCCAACCAAUGUACCUAGAAUAUUCUUGGUACAUUAUACUAAUUCCUACUAAUCAUCAUUUAACUUAUUCAUAAGGUUGAUUUUUGCCCAACUAAUUUUUUUAGAUUUACAAUAUAUUUUUUUUAUUGUCACUCUAAUGAAUAAUUAAAUUGACAAACCAUUCUAAAUAGAAAACAAAUUUUCUGUUUAUUUUUGCGAUUUUUACAAAUAGAUACUAGAUACUAGUAUGUUUGAUACUAGUAGUGUUUCUCUCUAAUAAUCACAGACUAGAAGAGUUCGCCUAGAAAAAGAAUGCUAGAAGGUUGCUAUGGGAGCCAAAUCAAUAAGGAUAAACGUUCUGUGAGAGAGCUAAAUUCUUACUAAUUACUGUGUAUUAAGUAACUAAGUUACUAAGCAGUUAUGCCAUUUUCACAACUGCAAAAGAAAUCUACUCUGAUGAGAUUCAAUAAUCCAACAAAAUUACGGGCCAUGGUCAAGCAUGGCAGUGUGUCAAAAAUAAAAGGGGAGACUGGAGAUCAAAACGACAAUGAAAAUGAAAUUCUAAUGAGAGGUAGAAAUCUCAUAAUACCAGAAGAUCAGCUAGAACUUCCAGAAAAGGAAUUGAGUGAAGAAUUAGCAAGGGUUCUAACUACUGUCAAUCACCAGAUACCAAAAAAUCUCAUAGAAUUCAGUUUUAGGGAGAGAUCGUUCAUUCCCAGUCCAACCACUCCACAUGACAUAACUCUGCUUCAAUAUGCUGGAACAUCUCUGCACAAAGAGUCGCCAGAGGCCCUUCUCCAACUUGAGGCUGAAUAUAUUGAAGGUGUAGAGCAUGGCUCAGAUGCCAGCAAAGCAGAGAAGAAAGAAGGAGGAGAAGAAGAGGGAGAAGGAGAAGAUGAUGAGGUGGAAGGAGAUGGAGACAACGAUGCCGAAGGAGACGCGGAAGCGGAAGUGGAUGCGGAUGCGGAUGGCGUGGAAGACGAAGAUGGAGAAGAAAAAGUCGAGGCGAAGGAAGAUAAGAAGGGUCCUCCGCAACGGGGAAAAGCCAAAAAACUAACAAAUCAGUUCAAUUUCUGCGAAAGAGCCACCCUCACUUAUAACAAUCCUUUCAGGGACCAAGCAGCACAAACCACACCCCCGCCCCAAGCAACUUUCUGCGACUACAUCAACCAAUGGAUAGUUUAUGACGCUUAUCAAGAAGACUACGAAAACCAACAGAACAUGAAAGAAAAAGAGAAAAGGGAGAAAAUGACAGCACAACCUAAAAAAGAAGAAGGAACUGGUAGAAAGAGAAUUGAUAAGCACACAGUUGACCCAACAACCUACAGAAUGUUUCAAGCGGCUAAAAUAUUGGAGAGAAUGAUCAAUCAAAAUACUUAUGAUGAGAUCGCUCAAGAUUACAGAUAUUGGGAGGAUCCUUCUGAUGAAUUCAGAGAGGCUGAAGGCACUCUCCUCCCACUUUGGAAGUUUUCCUAUGAAAAAACAAAGAAAUUGAAUGUGACUGAAAUCUGUUGGAAUCCUCAAUUCUAUGAUCUAUUUGGAGUCACAUUUGGAUCAUUUGACUUCAACAAACAAGUGAAUGAAGGAUACCUGUGUCUAUUCACAAUGAAGAAUCCGUCUUACCCCGAGUACAUAAAUAGCAUGGACUCGGGCAUGAUGUGCCUGGACUUUCACCCGGUGCACCCUUACCUGGUUGUGGUCGGGCUCUAUGACGGCACGGUCGCUGUAUUCAACGUUCAGUUGCUCACUAAAGAGAGACAGUACGAGAGCAAUUCGGUCAGCAACAAACAUGGAGGCAUCGUUUGGCAGGUUUGUUGGGGAAAAGACUUGGCAGACGGAGAAAUGCAUUUCUAUUCAGUCUCUUCUGAUGGCAAAGUGUACAAUUGGGUUUUGAUGCAGAAUGAGCUGGCACAAACUCUAGUCAUCACACUCUACUUGGAUAUGGAACAAAUACCAGGGCCUGAUGGGACUAUGGUCAGCAUAACAGGAUGUGGAACUGCAAUAGCAUUCCACCCAAAGGAACCACUGAUAUUUCUGGUGGGAACUGAAGAAGGAAAUAUUUACAAAUGUAGCACAGCCUAUGCUUCCAUCUACCUUUUCACAUAUGAGGCACAUCAUAUGCCAGUGCAUAGGAUAGACUUCAACAAAUUCGCACCAGAAAUUUUCAUUUCUUGCAGUUCUGAUUGGAGAGUGAAAAUCUGGGAGGAUGGACGAAGUGACCCACUGUUCAUGUUUGAUCUGGGAUGUUCUGUUGGUGACGUGAAAUGGGCUCCCUAUUCGAGUACAGUGUUUGCAGCAGUCACAGUUGACGGCAAAUGCCAUAUCUUCGAUCUAAACAUCAACAAGUAUAAAGCCAUAUGUGUGCAAAGCAUAGUCUCCAAGAAAAGAAACAAACUGACACGUCUAUCGUUCAACUAUAAGUUACCCAUCAUCAUGCUGGGAGAUAACAAAGGAUCCAUUACAACUGUGAAACUCUCACCAAAUCUUCGAAUCAAACCGAAACCGCCUAAGAAGCAACAAAUUAUUGAUGAGAGAACUUUGGAGAUUAUGAAGCUUGAGAAGCUAUUAGCACUCGUUCGAGAACCACAAAAAAAUUACAGCACCAGUUGAUGAGGAAAGCACCACUUCAUAAAGUGACACUAGAUUCCGAAAUAAAAUAAUAUAUUAAAACUAUGUUACUGGUUAUUGGAAAAAACCGAAAAGACGGUUGCGGUAGUUAUAAUUGUAAUUGGAUUUUUUAUGGAAUUUCAACAACAGAUUGGAAUAAAUCACCUACUUGAAAAUCGAUAUCUA